CAGCGCGUGCGCGGCGCGUGCUGGCUGUUAUGAUUUAAAAUUUGGCGAAAAGUCCGUUACUUUUUUUUCCGUUGCCUUUUUUUCGCCGUUCUUUCGUUAUUUUGCGGUAUUUCUUCGUCCGGCGCUGCAGCCGCGGACCGGGCGAGAUUUGUGGGUCCAGACACGGUCCAGACACACACCCACCACCCCCCUUCAUCUGAGGAGAAGUGGAACAUGACCGGCCGCAUAUCAACCGCGUGCGCUGACGGACGCUGUUAGAGUUUAGCUAGUUGGAUUUCUCUGUGUUUUCUUCUUCUUUUGUUAGCCUGGUUAGCAUUUACCUCAGAGAAGGAAAACGCGACCCUAAGCUAAUCUAAUUAACUGUUAGGUUAUAGCUAACUGUUACUCAAAACCUGCGGACAUGGAGUGGAAACCGAUGGAAAUAAACCCGGAGAUGCUAAAUAAGGUGCUGGGUAAAUUGGGGGUAGGAGCAGACUGGCACUUUGUGGACGUGCUGGGUUUGGAGGAUGAAGCAUUGUCUGGGGUGCCCACGCCCUGCUGCGCAUUGAUGCUGUUGUUUCCUUUAACACAACAGCAUGAGCAGUUCCGCUCUAGUCAGUCAGUGGAUGGCAGUAAGGAUGUCUACUUUCUGAAUCAGACUGUGGUGAACUCCUGUGGAACUGUGGGAUUACUGCAUGCUGUGGCCAACAAUCAGGAUAAGAUGACAUUUGAAGCAGGCUCUACCCUCAAGAAAUUUCUAGAAGAAACAACUGGGAUGUCCCCCGCUGAUCGUGCUAAACAACUGGAGAAAAAUCAGGCAAUCCAGCAAACCCAUGAUGAAGUUGCAGCUGAGGGACAGUGCCGUCCUGAAGCAGACAAAGUGAACUUUCACUUCAUCACCUUCGCCAAUGUUAGUGGUCAACUUUAUGAGCUUGAUGGCAGAAUGGAGGGGCCUGUAAAACAUGGUGCAACAAAGCCUGAGACCUUUAUCAUGGAUGCUGCAAAGGUGUGCCGUGGCUUUACUGAGCGAGAGAAAGGAGAAGUGCGUUUCUCAGCGGUGGCUCUAUGCAAAGCCUAAAGAUGACCAAAACCACACGGCCAAGCAAGGAGCAGCCGACCAAAAAAAAUCCCCACCUUCACUGUCAUUCCCUUUCAGGCCAGAGCACAGACGUCCUGCACAGUCUCGUCAAAACUGCCUGUUUGCCUGCUGGUGAAUCUCAACACUGCUAUAUCUGUAAUUAAUCUUAGCAUUUCAAUCUGCCACAACUGCCAAGCUUUUGUUCUUGCUCUUGGUAUGUUGUAUUUGUAGUUUUUGCACAAGUGCCUUAUUGGGCACAAUUGUUUUCUUUUUUUGUGUUUAGUUUGUUAAACUGUCAACUUUAAUCUUAAGGAGUGUCUAGUUUGGAUCUAAUGUGUACAGUUAGGUCAUCUGGGUAUAAUCUGGAUUGCGUGUGAUCUGAUGAGCAUGCUGUACUGGGUUUAGUUGAUAAUAGCUGUGAUGUGAAUAAUAGAUACUGUGGGAGUUGCUGUGAUGCUGUUCUGUUUUAUUCCAGAACUUUCGUUGCCUCUUAAAGCCCAAGCACUUAGUAUGUAUGUAUGUGUGCCUGGAUGAGUGAGUGGAUGUGCGAGAGAGUAAAAGCAGACAUGUUUAUCCCUUUUGUUGCACACAGGGAAUGUGUCUCCAUUGCUGUUACUGUUGAUGGCAUUGAAAAGAAUAAAAAAAUGAUUCACUGGA